CCUAUUAUCUGACCAACGUGAGCGAUGAUGCAAUGGGAACAAUGCCCACGUUCCACAUAUUUAUACUCCUCACAGGUCAUUACGAGUCCAACCAGACACCGUAGGCCAAGCUCUUAAUAUCUUGUGGGAGAACCUAUUUUUCGAAGUGUUUGGUCUCUCCUAAGAGCCAUUUGGUGCUGAAUUUGUAGUUGGGUUCAGAUAAAAAUGGCAGAUGAGCAUAAAGAGCCACUGCUGAAGACCUAUUACUAUGAGAACUGCCCGGGAUGUAAAACGGAUGAGCUUAAAGCGUUGAAGAGAGGCUUACCUAUUAAGGAACUGGUCUCUAUAUGGAUUGUGGUGCUUUGCACAGCACUGCCAAUAUCAUCUCUUUUUCCAUUCCUCUACUUCAUGAUAAGGGAUUUCCAUAUUGCAAAAAGAGAAGAAGACAUCGGUUACUAUGCCGGUUAUGUGGGGUCCUCAUUUAUGCUUGGAAGAGCUUUGACAUCUGUUUUCUGGGGCAUAGUUGCUGAUCGAUAUGGUCGAAAACCAGUUAUUAUUAUGGGAACUUUCACAGUGGUUAUUUUCAACACUCUCUUUGGUCUUAGCGUGAACUUUUGGAUGGCAAUCGCUACAAGGUUUCUUCUUGGAAGCUUUAAUGGUUUACUUGGACCAAUAAAGGCCUAUGCAUCUGAGAUUUUCCGUGAAGAGCACCAAGCUUUAGGACUGUCAACAGUUAGUACUGCAUGGGGUAUAGGUCUGAUCAUUGGCCCAGCUCUGGGAGGCUUCCUUGCCCAGCCUGCAGAGAAAUAUCCAUUUCUGUUUUCGAAAGAUUCUGUUUUUGGGAGAUUUCCUUAUUUCUUACCCUGCCUCAGCAUAUCAGUUUUUGCAUUGAUUGUGACCAUUGCUUCUUGUUGGCUUCCGGAAACUUUGCACAUGCACCAUAAAUCACGUGAUAACUCAGCUGAAGCUCUUGAGGCUGCUUGCUAUGGAUCUGAUGCAAAAGAAAUAGUGCAGGAUAUUGAAGAAAGAGAACCUACUUCUAAAGAAAGCCUGCUCAAGAACUGGCCCUUAAUGUCAUCUAUCAUAGUUUAUUGUGUGUUUUCACUUCAUGAUAUGGCUUAUACAGAGAUAUUCUCAUUAUGGGCUGUGAGCCCCAGAAAGUAUGGGGGCUUGAGCUAUUCAACUGAGAAUGUUGGUGAAGUUCUUGCAAUAUCAGGUUUCGGCCUUUUAGUCUUUCAACUUUCUCUCUAUCCUGUUGUGGAGAGGAUUAUUGGCCCUAUCAUGAUAACUCGCAUUGCAGGAGUUGUAGCGAUACUUCUUUUGACAAGUUACCACUAUAUAGCCAUGCUAUCUGGAUUCAGCCUCUCAUUGGUGUUAAAUUGCGCAUCUGUGAUGAAGAAUGUUUUAUCCGUGUCCAUUAUAACAGGUUUGUUCAUUCUGCAAAAUAAUGCUGUGGAUCAACACCAAAGGGGUGCUGCUAAUGGCAUUUCUAUGACUGCAAUGUCACUUUUUAAAGCAGCCGGUCCAGCUGGAGGAGGAGCACUUUUUUCCUGGGCACAAUCGCGUCUUGAUGCUGCAUUUCUUCCAGGUGACCAGAUGAUAUUCUUCUUCCUGAAUGUAAUUGAGGCAAUUGGAGUGCUGAUGACGUUCAGACCAUUUCUAGCUCAACGAAUGAAUAGAAAAAAUCAAACAUUAUCUUGAACUUCAAGCACCGGUCAGAAUGCAGGUUGCUAGAGUAUCUUCAACAUGAUUCUUUUGCUUAGUCUUUUUUUAUUACAUAUGAUGUAGUGAUAUAAACCAAAGCACUAUUUCUUGAACUACCGGUCAGAAUGCAGGUUGCUAGAUUAUCUUCAACAUGAUUCUUUUGCUUGGUUUAUAUCAUAUGUAAUAAAAAAAAACGGGCUGGUGCACUAAUUGAUCAAAAACAGUGUAUUCUUUCCGAAUGCUUUAGGUCAUUGAAUAAUCUGUAUUUAUGAAAUUAGAAUUGUUUCAUGAGAGACUGUAGGAUUUGAUAUCAAUUAAUUCAUGUUUGUGAAAUAUAGUCAAUAUAAUUCAUUGUUUCAUGAUA